CUUUUUUGUUUGCAGCCAAGUUAUCUCCCUCAGCCUAUCCUUGGGACAAAAUUCUAGAUGACGCACUAAUCCCUCUCACCUCUCCCUGGGACUUUCGAGAGUUCGCCUUCCGCCAGACACUUGUGAACGACAAGUUUGAGUGUUUUGGUCACGCUUACCAAAGCCUGGUACCCCGCUCGUCCUGCAACCUCUGCUACAGCUACGUUUACGCCGUCUAGAUCACCAUUUCGAAACAAACGAUGGCGACCGAUUAUGCCUUCAACUCGCGCUUCUUUGCGUACGAGUGCCGCCGGCCGCUGAACCAGCCGAAAAAGCUGGUAUUACGUGCCAAGUACCCCCGCAAGGGUGUCGCUGUGCCGAAGCAGACUUUUGGUCUUGUAAAGGCCGACAAGACGGACGCUGGCAAGAUCUUCACUCAGGCCGAGACAGAGACCGCCGGGAUUGCGGACCACGAGCUGGUAGUCGUCGUUGGAGAACUCUUGCCCAGGGACGCAGUCCAAGGUCAUAAGUCCUUCUCUACGCCGACCGCGGUGUCCGGGUUCGACCCCACAAAGCACACCCUGAUCCCCAACCGCCCAGAUACUCGGCUGGUAGUACGGGCUGUUAAAUCCCAGGUCGAUACUCUCUACGUCCUGCUGGGCAGGGAAGAAACAGGUCUUUGUGAGGCAUACGCCCUCUCGAGCAUGCUGGACAGUGUCUGUCCGGUCUACUACGACGAGUGGACGGAGAGCCAACCCAAAAAGCACCUGCCUGAGCGCCUUGCGGCAUGGGAGACCAACAUCCAGGCCUUUUGUGACGGACUUCUUGUGAAGGCGGUACCGGGGGACAGCGGGGAGGGCACAUCUCAAGGCACGGCCCCUGCACCACCUGCGCAUCAGGGUGAUUCCGAGGCCCUGCUACUUAGGUCCUUAGUGAUCUACGAGAAAACCGAGAACGAAGUUACCUCAAGAUGGCGAAUCAAUACGCCAAACGCGCGGUUAAAGACAUUACGCAAGCUACGGCAGACGCUAGCAGUCCAGCACCGACGGCCAAUCUCGAUCAGCUAUCCCGGCAGGAGCAUUUACUAUCCAGGCAGGAGCAUUUAACUAAUGAGUGCGAGGAGGCGGUUGUGGAGCGACGAGGCCGAGGCCGGGCUGGUGGAUCGGUUGUCCCAGCUCCGACGCUACGAAUUUGCCGCCAGAUGCGGCGACUACAUGAGCGCUGUGUGUGACCGGCUGAAGACCAAGGUGAGGGUCGAGAGGACCCAAUAUUUUGAGCAGCUCCAAGGCUGGAACCGAUUUUGGACCGAUAUCAACUCGGAUAUCAACAAGGAGACCCGCGCCUGGGAGCGGUGGCUCGUCCGGGACCCGACCCUCGGCGACGAGGGGGCUCUGCCGUGGUAUGUGCUCUUGGAAGAAUAUUAUUGGUAUCGCCGCUCGGGGCGCGGACUGGGACGGUAAAAUAACUGAUCAGCGCCCCGAAUACGCGGCCACCUAAUCAUCCUCCUCGAAC